AUGGCUCACUUCCUGCGCGGCAAGCAAGCGGGCAUCCAGAGAGAUCUCUCUGAAGGUCUGUCACCAGAACUCUUUGCCCUUGACCAAUAUGCUCGAUAUGGGGUCAAUUCUCGGAUAUCAGCCCUUGCCUAUGAUCCCGUCCAGUCUCUCAUUGCGGUUGGCACCAGUGACAGUCAGUUCGGCAGUGGGCAGAUAUAUGUCUUCGGCCAGCGUCGGGUUUCCGUGGUCUUCAACUUACCGCGCAAGGGAUCGGCCAAGUUUCUAGAAUUCUGUGCCGAUAAACUCAUCAGCGUCGAUUCAAAGAGCGAACUAUGCCUCUUUUCACUGGAGGCGAAGCGGAUGUUGGUUUCGUAUGCCCCGCCAAGCCAUGUCUCUGCAAUCGCAACCGAUCCAAGUGUAGGUUAUGUGCUGCUGGGCCUUCAAAAUGGCGAAACAAUUGCCUACGAUAUGGAUCGCGAGACUCUCGCGCCAUGGAAGAUACCAAAUUUCUGGGCUGAACGGAACCCACGGAUUCGGAUGGCACCUGUUCUAUCUUUAUCUUUUGCACCCCGAGAUAUAGGGAAACUCCUGAUCGGUUAUCCGGAUGGUGCUGUCAUAUACUCCUUCAAACAGAACGUUGCCCAGAACUUCUUCGAAUACACAGUUCCGGCUGGCGCUCCUGGUGUUGACUCGGAUCCAACUCUUUCUCGUGACGUUCGAAAACCAAAGCUGAAAAGAGCCUUGUGGCACCCAACCAAUAUUUUCAUCGUCACCGUCCAUGAAGAUACAAGUUUGGUCUUUUGGGAUGCGAAAGAUGGGCGUUUAGUCAUGGCUAGGACAAUUGAAGAUUCCAAUAUUAACGAACCUGGCACUCGGCCAGAACGCUCGGCAUCUAGUGGUGGAACAUUCACAGUCAAAGACCCCAUUUUCCAGAUUGCAUGGUGCGCUAAGGAGAAUCCAGAUAACACAGGUUUAUUAAUUGCCGGUGGAUGCCCAUCGAAUGACAGAAACAAAGGGCUGACAUUUUUGGAUCUGGGACUAACCCCUAAUUAUCAGACAUCAUCAUGGCAAAUUCUUUCAAAAUAUUUCGAAACCCCUCGAAGCCGACAUACUCUCCCGGUUCCACCUGGGGCGGAAGUUGUGGAUUUCUGCAUUAUUCCUCGAUCAUCUCCUUACUUUGCAGGCGCCCAAGAUCCUAUUGCUAUUAUUGCUUUACUGUCAUCAGGGGAGCUUGUAACGCUCAGUUUCCCGAAUGGACACCCGAUCUCCCCCAGUAAUAUGCUCCACAUCUCCUUAUCAUUUGUGCACCCCUUUGUCAACAAGAUGAUAUGCACACCAGUCAGUCGGUCGAAUUGGCUUGGUUUGAAAGAGAGACGAGCUCUGGGCCCCAAAUUUCUUCUUGGUGGCGCAGAGAGUAAAAGACCCAUGAAACGAUUCGAAGAUCGCAACAUCUCAGUUACUGCGCAUGCAGAUGGCAUUAUAAGGCUUUGGGAUGCGGGACAUGACGAUGAGAUUGAAAAUGGAGAUGUUAUUCAGGUAGAUAUGGCUCGUGCCGUCGCCCGUAAUGUCAAUACCUUUGUUUCCCAGUUGUCGUUCGCAGGCGCAUCUGGUGAACUAUCAGUCGGCCUUCGCAAUGGUGAAAUUGUCAUUUUCCGAUGGGGACGAAAUCAAAAUGCCGGAAGCGAACAACCUCCUGGUGCAAAUGCAGGUCCGGGACAAAUGACGAAUAUAACACACCGAGCUGAUCCAAAUUUGAAAGACGGGCUUCUUCCAUUGACUCUUCUAGAAACACAAAAUGGCCCCGUCACAGCUCUCAAGCAUAGCGAUGUUGGCUUUGUCUGUGCCGGUUUCGAGGAGGGCAAUCUUGUUGUUAUUGAUCUCCGUGGCCCGGCAAUCAUCUACAAUGCUAAUACUCGCGACUUUGCCAAGGCGAAUAAACGGGCUAGUAUUCGAAGGAGUCGCACGGGCGAGAAAAGUUCUUCAGAAUGGGCGACUAGUAUUCAAUUUGGUGUUUUGACUUUGGAAGGAGAAGACUACUCAAGCAUUUGCUGCUUUGUGGGAACAAACCGUGGCAACCUGGCCACCUUGAAAAUUCUUCCCUCAGCCAAUGGUACAUAUUCGGUAGCUUUCGCUGGAAGUGUAUCAGUCGACGAUUCCGUUCUGGGGAUACAUCUGAUCAACGCCGACACUGGUGAACCUGCACUAGCGACGCAAAAUGUUGUUGCUGCACUGAGGAACGGCGCCAAAGUCAACGGGGUCGUAGUUGCGGUGACUUCAUCUGGGUGCAAGAUAUUUAAACCAGCGACAAACAAAGGCGCAUCUAAAACAUGGGAUGAUUUCAUUUGCUACUCUGCGGGCGUCGUGAAAACGGAAGGCCAUGGAUAUAGCAUUGUUGGUUUAUUUGGAGACGGAAAUGCGCGCGCAUACUCAAUCCCUGGCUUGAAAGAGAUUGGAUGCACAUCUAUCAACGGUGUCCUCGAUGUUCAACGUCUUUCAGACGCCGUAAUAUCGCCAUCAGGCGAUGUUCUCGGGUGGUCUGGACCCUCGGAACUUGCUAUUUUCAAUGUGUGGGGUGCAGGGGCCCCUCUGCCACCAUCCGAAGACAAGCUUUACAAUGCAGAAGCUGUCAUACCCCCAAGACCUACGAUAUCAAAUUUCCAAUGGAUCUCUGGAACGCAAUACGUCUCACCUGCCGAUAUGGAUCUAUUGAUCAGUGGCCCCGAUCGGCCGCCAUCAAAACGGAUGAUGGAACAGUUGAAGUUUGAAGAACGCGAACGCCGCAAAGCCCUUCGAGAAGGCCGCACCCCUCCCGAGCUAUCUGGAAGUAAUGAUGAGGGCUACUGGGCUUACAUGCAACGUCAGGUGCAAGAGCGGACGGAACGACUUGGUAUAACGGGCGAUAGCAUGGACAGACUAGAAGAGAACAGCAGUAACUGGGCUAACGACGUGAGCAAAUUUGUAUCAAAUCAAAAGCGGAAGGCGGUUUUAGGCGCCUUUGGUUCUAAAUUUGGGUUUUAG